UCCCAAUGGGCACGGUGAGCACUCCUAUUUACAAGAAAUCGUCUCGUAACGUGGAAUUGAAGGGGUUCCCUUCUCCGACAGUGAUGACCACAAUCUCUGUUUGAAGCGGGCGGAGGGGGGAGCACAUGGUAACUUUAGUCUUUUUCAAAUCUCCUACAAGCGACCACUACUGUCCGCUUGGCACGCGUAAAAGAAGAGUGGUUCCCCAACUAGAUGGGUUGAGGGAGACGCGUGAAAGCGCUAUGCAGUCGCACCGAAUGCAACUCUGAGGUGUGAUUUUUUUCCUUUUGAACCACUUUUAAAGGAAGACGCGUUCAUCGUGAAUUCACAGUUUCCUAUGGAUAUUUGAUUUCGCCUUAACGCCUCAGCCAAGCUUGCGAAGUUUACACCUUGCGCCCCCCACUCAACGUUAGGACCGCGUCUGAGUUCGGAUGUUUAUCAAGCAACCUUCUGAUAUGUCUGAGAAUAAAAAGCACAGACUCGCGUGUCAAGACACUAAAGUCUGACGGAUUAAACCCUCGGAGUCCGGGCUGGUAUUAGCUGUGGUGCGGAGAACUGCGAGCCGAGCGCUCUAAUGCGGUGGGGGUGUGCGCAAUCCCGCAGGCUAUACGUCUGUGCGUCCCGCUGAUGAUAACCUCAGCUGUUUUUAACUCUCCUCUUUUCAUCCAUAUAGUUCAGACUCGUCGGAUUUCCGCACGUCUACCUGCACCUUUAUGCACUCUCGCUGUGCGUUUACCGUCAUCCGGGAAUAGAUCCGUGCGAUCCCUUCCGACUGAAUAACGGAUCUAUUUUUGUGUCGAGACAGUUGAAUGGAUUUUCAGGUACACUUAGCUGAAACUGGGGAAUUGGAACCAUACGAUUUUCAAAACAUUGUUCGGGGCCACUUGGCUCGUGUGCCCAAGAAAUGCGUCUCUCUGGCGACAUUUAAAUCGCUUCGGUUAAUACUUUUCUGAGUCUGAUUUUUAUUUUAUUUUUUUGAGAUAUUAAGACAUUGGAGGAUAAGAUGAACCUGUGCAUCGUCAGUCUUCUCCUCACUCUGGAUUUAGCCACCGUGGCACUCAGUUUGUCCACAUGCAGCACGCUGGACAUGGAUCAGUUCAAAAAGAAGCGUAUCGAGGCCAUCCGAGGGCAGAUCCUGAGCAAGCUGAAGCUUAGCAGCCCACCGGAGGACUUCCCCGAUCCGGAGGAGGUGUCUCGGGACAUUGUCGCCAUUUACAACAGCACCCGCGACCUGCUGCAAGAGAAGGCGAACGAACGGGCGGCGACGUGUGAGCGGCAGCGGAGCGAGGAGGAGUAUUACGCCAAGGAAGUGCAUAAGAUCGACAUGCAGCCAUUCUACCCCUCAGAAAGUUCCUGAGGCGGAGGCUACGGAGGUGGAUGAAUGAGGGGAUCACGGUGAUGUCACCCAUUUUUUUGAUUGCCACCUUUUGUGUAUCACAUAUCAUUGCAGUAUUCAGGUAUGAGUAGAAACCUUUGACCAAAAAAAUUAAUCCUCAAGCUAACAAGAUUAAGAUAUUUUUGUCUUCCUCAGUGGAUGGAUGGUUGGUGAUGUCACACAUUUGUUUGAUUGCAACCUUUUGUGUAAUAAAAGCUGGUCAAAAUACAUGAAAAAGUACUUGUCCCCGUUUUUUAUUUCAUAAUGAUAAUAUUUAAUGAUUUUUCACCGCCGCACUUAAAAUGUCCCCGAUUUUCAUCUCAGAAAUCUGGUCACCUUAUGUUAAGCUGGAUUUAUACUUCUGCAUCAAAUUGACUAUGGCCUAUGGCAUAGGCUCUGCAUAGCCGCGUACCAUAUGUUGUAGCCUGGUGCACCUCCCCAGAAAUGUAACCAUAUGUUGUAGCACAGACCUCGUCAGCUGAAAACCAUUUCCCUCAGUGGAAAUGAAGCCUUUAUUUACUUUUAUUUCACAAAUUUUCGCAGAUUAAAAAAAGAAUAAAGACAAC